UUCCGCGGCGAAGCUUUCAUUUGACUAAAAGUACCGACGGCGUAUAUAAGAUGCAAUUUUAGUUUGUUCUUAUAUUUUUUUUUUCUGCCCGAAUAUACACAAUCGACGAGGUCGCACUCGGUUAAGAUACGUUUAUAUAUAAAUAUAGCUGAGUCCCCGGGGCGCAAAUUGAUUUUCAAUGAUGUCGGCGGCGGCGCCGCUCCCUCUCGGAAAAUUUUGAUAAGCCCCGAUGAUGACGCACACUCGAUAUCCCGCAACUUUUCCCAACAGUAAUUGAUAGUAAAUCAGGAGGAUAUCUCCCGGCGUAAGACCGAGCGAGAUAUAGAGAUUGUGUAUGCGUCUAUAGAUAGCCGGCAACGAGAUAUGAGCGCAUUAUUUAUAGACGCGUCGCAUGAACUGCUAUGACGCUGAAAUACUUUGUUUUUCCGAAGAGAGCUGUAAAUAUUUGAAAAACGGAUGUACGCGCGCGCGAGCUCUCGGGAGGAAGUGUAUAUAUAUGUAUACAUAUAUACAGGGAUUAAAAGUGUUGAGAGAGCUUGCAGCGAGAGCGUUUGUUUGGAAUUUCCGCAGAGCGUGCAAAUAUUAAAGGGGCAUUUCCUCGAGGCAGCUCGAAUCGAGGGAGAAUAAAAGCCGAAUGCUUUUUUGAAAAACAUAAAUUUCCAUACUCGCGCGCGCAAGAUUACGCGUAGAGCUUGCGGGAGUUCGAUUCCAUAGAAAAUGUUCGCGCAGAGCUGGAGGAUCAAUUAACGCGCCUCUGUAUUCUCGAGAGCGUUCCCGCGCGCGAAAAUUCGAACGCAAGCACUCGUUCUCGCUAAUUGUCCCGUAUCGAUCGAUUUUUCCUCCGAGAAAAUUUCCUCGAGGCUAAAAGCCAAGCUCCUGUCUCUAUUGAUUGACUCGGACGUAGCCCGGCAGCACCUUUUUCAAAGAGCUAGAGAUAGAGAGAGAGAGAGAGAGAGAGAGAGAGAAAGGUAGUAUAGCCGCAAGAGCACGUAUCGCGCGGGAUGAAAGCUCGGCUGCUGCACUUCCGAUCCGCCGAGGAAAUCCCGUUGUGCCCCUUUUACGCGGAGAUCCAUGCUAAAAGCAGGCUGGAUUGCCAUUUGGCCGACAGCACGCGAGCGAAGCGCGCGGCUAUACCUGCAGACAGCCACUGCGAGAGUAUCGGAGCUUCUUCUUCUUCUUUCUCGCUUUCGAGGAUAAAUCUUAUAGAGAAGCAAGAGAGAGAGAGAGAGAGAGUCGAGGGGCGAAGCUUUAAGAGCCGGUAUUAGCCUCUCUCGCUCGCGUAUCGCCUUGAAUUUUCGAUGAUUUUUCUCUCGAGGCGCUGAGUGCGAGAAAAGCGCGAUAUUCGGCGCAUCCGCUAAAUUCGCGGCCGGCAACUACACGGCAUAUUAUCGAAUUCCACGGAUGCAUCCCACAUCGCGUAGCCGCGUGCGCAUAUCGGAAGGGCAUCGAAUAGCUGCUAAUGACGUAUUUUCAUUCUCCAUCGGACGUGCCAACACCGAUUAUCUGUGUACGUUAUUCCAAUACGAUUUUUAUGCCACCGCCCCGCCCCCCCCCCUAUACCUCUCUGCUCGGCGCACAUCGUCGCCUUGGUCAUUAUUGUUAUUGCUAUCGCGGCUGUAUGCAUGAGCGAAAGUUGGCCAGUAUAAUACUCGGAAUUCUCGGCUAUGCGGGCGCGCCGCAUAGUUAAAGAACAAGCGGGGCUUAUAACACCGCGCGGCGAUGCACAUGCAGUUCGGCAAAGUUCGAGCUCACGUGUGUGUGUGUCUAAUUCAAAUAGACUGCUUGAGGGCCGCGCCGUAAUGGCAAACAUAGCGUGAUGGACUGCUUGUAUUACGGAUUCAUAUCCGUAUACACGAGAGGCUGAUGCUAUACUGUCGCGUCUAUACGUUAUAACGUCUGAUAGAACUGCGUGUAUAGGGUAAUAAAAAGCUCGGAGAGCUUUGUUCCUUCCGACUGACUCAGCGAUCGGAUAGUGAGAGAGAAGAAGCAUCGCAUCGAAUACACGAUAUAAGUUCGGGCCGAUCGUCGCGGCGAAUAACAAGCAUCCUGAUUCACUUGCCGGCUCGUCGCCCGCGGAAAUUCAAGAGGAAAUGAGAGGAGCAAGUUCUCUCUCUCUCUCUUCAGUUAUGCCUGGCCCCCCCGUUCUCGCUCUUUAGGUGCAUUUUUCGCAGGGGGAAGCUUUUGCACGCAUACGAGAGAUUCCCGCUCGGGGCUAAAGGUAAAUUCAUCGCGAGACGCUGAUGAAAUAUUUGCCCGCUUAUUUUUCGCCAACUAUUCCUUUAGCGAAUUGCUCGGAUUUCAAUAGCUCCAAGUAUGAGCUGCGCGAGGGGAACGAAGAAAAAAGCAUCAGCUACUUUCUCUCCUGGAAGCUCCCGCGUGUGAAAUUCAUAAAGUUUAGUAUAACAUCCCUCUCGGAGCGAGUAUGGUGUGAUCGAGAGCAGAGCAGUCGUAGGUUAUAUAUAUAUAUAUAGUAUAGCAGCGGGAAAGUUUGAUAUCGCGCGACUUGCGGCGCCCUGCACAAAGGACGAGCAGAGAGAGAGAGAGAGAGAGAGAGAGAGAGAAAGAGUUAAGUAAACACGGUUCCGCGGACGAAUAAUUGAAAUUUCGCUCAUUUAUCCGCUGAAUGAGAGUGAAAUUAGAGCGCGGCCAGUGGCACUUUGGGCGUACGUAUUCUGGCCGCUUGUUUUUAUUCGAAAGUUUCCGUGAAAAACGCUGCAGGUACUUUUUGCGCGGCUGCUGAUUUAUCUGCGCUCUGCGGAUGCGAAGUAGUCCGUGGUGCUAUACCGCGCAGGUGUUUUAAGAGUAUGCGUUCUCCAGUCGAUCUACAGCGAUAAAUUGUAUAAUGUAAUUUUAUCAAAAAAUAAACUUUCUUUCUCGAUACAAGUGCCUCUAUAAAAUUUUCUUCAUCCCAAUAGCCACGAUGGCGAGCAACAGCGUAUAAAAACUGCAAUAUCGAGCGCUCCGCAACUCACGGAUAACAGCAUUAGAGAACGAGGCUCACGAAUCUUAAUUUCGGCGCCGUGGCGCGGAAAAAUAAUUGAAAGCGGCAUGGAAAAAUUUUACUCAUUUAUCCGCUGAAUGAAAAAUUAGAGCGCGCGCAAUGUACGCUGGUACUUUAUAUAUUCCAGCCGCUUGUUUUUCAAAAGUUGCCGUAGCAGAGCCGCCGUGAAAAAGUCCCGGUUAUACGUGCGCGCAAAUUUUUUCGCAAAGCUGCCGAUUUAUCUCCGGAGCCGCGGCCGACGUGGGAAAGUUGACCGCGUCAAAGUACACACGCGCGAGAGAAAAAAGGGUGAUGUUAAAACUCAAAACCCUAAAAAAAAAAAAAAAACGUAACAAUAAGCUUUUCAAAACCGCCGCGUAAGCGCAUCGAUAUACCGAGAGCCUCCAUAUAGGGCUGGAUCCGAUUUAUUAGAUAGUCAGGCUGUAAAAUCAACUCCGAUAAAUCAGAUUUUCAGCCCACGGGAAAUAUAGCGGCUUAACGAGGCGUAAGAUUUUUUCGGCCGCUGUGAGAAAAAUUCGCUAACCGCGUUACACGGCCGCAGGGAGAAAGAGCGAAGAAAUCGCGCGCUAUGAAAUUUAAUUUACUCGUUAGGUCGCUUCCUCUUUCUCUCUCUCUCUCUCUCUCUCUCUCUCUCUCUGUAUAUACUCUCCCGCGAGCGAGGUCAAUGACCGCGAAGCUAAUAUUUGGCCUGCAGCUCGCGCGGGGCAAAAUAAAGAAGCGAAGAAAAAGCCGAGCUCGGAGCCGAGCCAGGGCUCAUACUGUUUCGGACUGUCUUUUCAACUCUUCAUCUGUGUGUGUGUGUAUACGAGCGCGAUGCCGUCGCCACGUCGUCUUGUUCUAGUCCUGCUGUGGUCGACUGUGGCCCGGACGCUUGGCAACGAAGCGGUUCUGCUCUUUCCGAAAUCGGGCGUCUUGCAGGUAAAACGACUGUAUGGCUUGUUAGACACGCUGUGCCGCCUCCUUCUUUUCUCCGCAUCGCGUAAAAAAGCGGAUGCACACAGUGGCUUAACGAGUCCCGUAAUUAGCGCGUUUGAAUUCGAGGCAUCAAGGGAUGAAAGCGCAGCUCUUGUUUUGGAAAGCGCGCGUGUGCUUUCGUAUAGGCUAAUAUUUGCCGACGAAAAAUUCUCGUUUGCAGUUCACUCUGGGCAUAUCGGUGCCGAUCGUGAUGGGCAAAAAGGGCGGCCUGGUGUCCACCAGUGGCUUUCAAUUCAAUUACAAUCUGCCCUCGAACGCGACCGAAUUAGAGCCUAUGCUCCUGCACGCUCGGAACAAACGACAGGUAGAGCAGCAGCAGCAGCAGCAGCAGCAGCAGCAGAGCCCUUUGGAACUGAAGAAUAUUUACGCCUCGUUGGAGGAGCUGCUGGAGAGACAGGGCUGGAACGAUGGUCAGCAGUGCCUCCUGCGAACGAUCUGCGAGCUGUCCGAGACGCCGCUCGGCCGAAGCAACGAGGACGUGGUCGAGGAAAUGCUACACCUGCUCCUCACGCCGUCGGAGGACAAUCCCAGAGAGGAGGAGGAGGAGGAGGACGUGUACCGGAGGGCCGAGCUGGUGGGCAAGGAGGAGAGGAAUUGCAGGAAAGCUUACAGAGGCUGUCUGGAGUCGCCGCUCGAAUCGUUCACCGAAAUAUACGACGAUCGCGACCGUCGCAAAGCCAGCGCACGUACUGAGAUGAAGGAGUUGGACGCGACGCUUCAACUUUACUCUAGAUCGGACUAUUAAGGAUGCGGUUUUUUCAGCGGCGAGUCAAUGUUUUUACAUUUUUUUUUUUUUUUUUUUUUAUCCAACGUGAGAAAGCUCGGCUUGAAACGAUUAAACAGGGUUUGGUGUUAUUAACGAGGCUCAGACUGUCAAGGCGUUCGCAAUAUAUAUUCAGCUUCGGUGUGGACUUUAAAACAUUUACUCUGUACUUAAAAUAUUGAUCGAGGGUAUAUGCUACAGUAAUAGGGACAAGCCUUGAUGACGAAAAGUGUGCUCAAGCUCUUGUUUUUUAUUGGGCUCUUCAAGACAGACUAAACACGUGCAUUUGUUUAAAACGAUCGCAAAUAAAGUAUGCCAGACGAA